CAAUCAGGAAAAAAAAAAAAAAAAAAAGAGCACGUCACUCCCUGUUUAACAACCUUGCGUAGCUUCCCUUGGAGGAAAGCCCUAAUUUCUUAACACUGCCCCUGCCUAUUCUGACCUCUCCUAGUUCACUCUCCCCUCUGCCCAGAUGCCACUCACACUGGCUGCCUUUUUUAUUCCUUGAACUUGACAAGCUUUUCCCCACCUCUGGCUUCGGUCUUGCUGUUCCCUUUGCCUGGAACAUUCUGCCCAGAUCCUUCACAGGGUUGUCAGCUCCCCAUCAAUCCUGACCACAAUGCUACAGCAGCCCCACACCCAACUGCCUGGUGUACUGUGUCACUUAACUGUAUCUAUUUCUUCAGGACUUAACUGCUUUCUGUAAUUAUCUUCUUUAUUCACUUGGUUUGUGGUUUGUUUCACUUACCAGAAUGACAGCAGGUGUCUUUCUUAUUCUCUGCUAGCACAAUGCCUGGCACAGACCUAGGAGGUGCUGAACGUACUUCACGCAUUUAAGGAAUGCAGGAGUCCCUGGGGAAUGAACUGGAUACUAAUCCAUUUGGUCACUUCCAAGGAAGGGGGCCCCUCCCUGGGAGAAGCCAGCGGCAAAUCCCUGUAUUCACCUAUGUUUCACCUAAAUGCCUCAUAGAUUAGGGCAGGCCUGUGGUUUCCAGUAUCAGUAAACUUAGCAGCCAAGACUCAUUGAGCAUUUACGAUGUGCCAGGCAUUAUUCUAAGUGCUUUACAUAGUUUAACUAAUUUAAUUUGUACAACAAAGUAGAUACUAAUAUCCUCAGCAGAGACAUACUAGGACACACACAAGAAUGUGUGGUCAGUCUGCAAACACAUGCAUGCAUCAUCAGCACUGAGUUGGUUAUUAUUGUACAACAGAUGGGUGAGUUGAGUAAAUAAAUACACAGGUGCACCCGGGGCAUUUAAUAAGUGGAGCAGGAAGGCAGAAUGGAACAGGAGGACAGAACGUUAGGGAAGGAUCAGCAUGGGGGGUGGGGGUGGGGGACACACGGCUAGUUUGGGCAAGUGGGUAGAAGAGGAAGUGUAGGGCCACAGCCCAGGCCCAUGCUCUGGAUCCCUACAGCACCCAGGAGUAUAGCCACAGCCGUGGGGCAGUGGCAAGGGCCUGGGUCCUGGUAUUCUGCCCCCCACCAGAGGAGUGAUCUUGGGCUACCACUUAUCCUCGUGGGGCCACAUUAGCAAAAGACUGGGGAAGGCUUACAUACUACCUAACUGCCAGAGCCAGCGCUGGGAUUAAAUUUAAAAACGCUCAUGAAAGCACUUCGUCAGCCGCAGAGGGUUGUUGCUGGGAAGGAAUAGGACAAGGGUGCAGGCUGCCAGCCUGAGAAGCUGGGGGUUGGAGCCAUACUUUGGCCCUUCUUGAGUCACAGUCCACUGCUGCGUGCCCCUCCAGGGUGGGCCAGGGUUUACCAGUUGUUGUGUCUUCUGGACUUGCCCUGGUACCGAGUUUGUACUCAGUGGGUUUUCGUGGAGUGAACACGUGUGUUUGUUGAGUGAAUGCCCGAGUGAGGGAAGGCCCCGGGGAAGAGUAAGAGAGGAGAAUAAAUACAUGAGUGAAAGGUGGAAUAAAUGAAGAAGGGACUAGAGAUACCUUUUGCCUCGGAGCCUCAGUUUCUUUAUCCGUAAAAGACCGUGGUAAGGCGUGGCCCACCCUUCUCUCUGGGCUCUAGUGCGGAUCUGAUGAGACGUGGCGGGUCCAUGGAGGCCACCCUUUGCUGUCGAUGCUGAGCUGAAAUGACCAGUGCUCCCCUCCCCCACAUCCCUGUCCCCCGGAAUUUAUAGAUUCCUCAUUGUCCUGCACAAAGGCCCUCUUGGGGAGGAGGCGGGGUGGGUGAGGAGACUGGGGAAUUAAAAAGUCAGAGGCUGAGUAACAGCCAGCCACACCCGAGGCCCCAUAAAUCUUCCUGGGCUCCCUGUGAGACGGACUUGCUUUGCCCUCACCCCGAGUGGCUUGCAGGGCUUCUGCUGCUUGGGAUCAGGUCACCCUCACAGCUCUGAAGCAUCACCGUCUCCACCGUGGAGGUGUGGAGGCCUGAAGACAAGACCCUGAGAGUGGGGGAGGGGUGGAUCCUAUUGUUUUAUGCCUGUGACGUCAGGAAGUCCUUCCUCCCAUCCCGCUCCGCUCCCUUGCUUAUCCCUGUAAUUCUAGCCCGCUGCUGUUGGGGCUGAGCAGAAAAAUGAGCCUUGUGUGGGUAUUCGGAGUUCCCUGGUGAAGGGGGGCCCGGAGGUCCAGACUCCAGGACGGCAGCAGCCUUACCGCCCCCCCCCACUUCCCCUGCCGUCCGGCAUCUCACGGAGACGGAUGCCUUGGCUCUGAAUCCUGAGGACACUGUCCCUGAAUCCUUACUAGGCCAUGGCCACUGCUCACUCGGCAUGGCCCUGAGCUGAGCCAGGAAGGGGCUGGUCAGUGAGAACCUUGAACUCCUGUGCUUGGACCCUUCCCCCCAACACAUCCACUAAGAGUGCAACAGAUGGCACCCGCGUGAGGGGGAGCGACGGGUCUUCUUGCCCCCCGGGCUGGAAGAGGAAGAGCGGCCGUUGUGCCGGGGAGGGCCGGACAUGUCGGAGGCAUCGUCCUGCCCUGGCAGCGAGACCCCUGCCCCAGGCUGCAGGCUGGGGGCCUUGUACUGGGCCUGUGUCCGCAAUGAUCCUGUCCAGCUCCAAGCCGCAUUGGAUGGUGGGGUCUCCCCGGAGGAGGCCGUCCAGGUGGAUGGCAAUGGGAGGACAGGUCUUAUGGUCGCCUGCUACCGCGGUUUUGAGAAUGUUGUGGCCUUGCUCAGCCGCUGCCCUUUCCUCGAUGUGAACCAGCAGGAUAAGGAAGGGGACACAGCCCUCAUGCUGGCUGCCCAAGCAGGUCAUGUGCCUCUGGUGAGUCUCCUGCUCAACUACUACCCAGGCCUGGACCUGGAGCGCCGGGACCAGCGGGGGCUAACGGCACUGAUGAAGGCCGCCAUUCGGAACCGUUCGGAAUGUGUGGCGGCCCUCCUCCUGGCAGGUGCUGAGCUGACAGCGGUGGAUCCUGUCCGGGGCAAGACGGCCCUAGAGUGGGCAGUGCUGACUGACAGCUUCGACACCGUGCAAAGGAUCCGGAAGCUGCUGCGGCGCCCCCAGAUAGAGCAGCUCAGCCAGCAUUACCAGCCCGAGUGGCCAGCCCUGCCUGGGCUCGUGGCCCAGGCCCAGGCCCAGGCCCAGGCGGCCCCAUCUCUUCUAGAGCGACUCCAGGCCACCUUGAGCCUCCCCUUUGCCCAGUUUCCUCAGGAGGGGGGUGUCCUGGACCACCUUGUGACCAUCACGACCAGCCUGGCCAGUCCCUUCCUCACCACUGCCUGCCACACCCUGUGCCCUGAGCACCCACCUGCACUGGGCACCCGAAGCAAGUCUGUGCCAGAGCUGCUAGGCACUGCCCCUCCCCCGCCCCCAGAUCCCCAGCCCCCCCAGGUGGCCCCUGGCCCCAGGGCCCUCAUCCCCUACCAGAACCCUCAGGGCGUGUUGAGUAUGUGCCCUCAGUGGCUACAGCCCAGGGACAAUAGCAGCCCCAGGCCCCAAGCCCCCAAGAUCCGCCUCUCCAAGGCACCCUCAUCGCCCAGACAGCACAAGCCAGAGUCCAGGCCUGGAGAGAAUCGAAGGUUGGCCCUUCCUAUCUGGAGAUAUCAGGAGCUCAGGAUGGAGAGGAGGAAGCAGGAGGAGGAGGCCAGGCAGGCACAAAGUCAGGGAAAGAUGGGCUAGGCCAGGCUGGGAGCAGGUGAUCAGGUCCCUCCCUAAGGCUCCUUUGCCCUCUGGAGCCCCUUCUGCUCUCCCAUCCAGAUCUGUACAAAUGAUUCUACUCUAAUCUACUUAGGAGGUUGUCCACACAGCGCUAUUUGCGAUACUAAGAGUGGAAACAACCUAAGUGUCCAUCAGCAGGGGACUAGCUAAAUUGCUUAUGGCUGUGAUAAGUAUACAUCCAUAUGAUGUAUUUUAUACAGUGGUAAAACGAGUAAGGAAGCUCUUUACGUUCUGAUGUGAAACUAUCUCUAAGAGGUAUUAAGUGAAAGUCAUCAAGGGGUGGAAGAGCGUGUAUGGCAUGCUACUACUCGUCCAUGUAAAAUCUGCACCAAGAUAAACUUGACCAAUACAAAUAUAUAGGGAGUACCAAGAUGUAUUUAAGUACUUGAUGAAUGAAGGAUCAAAGGAGGAAACGAAAAACCAUUACUGACAGUGGAAAUACGAAUCCCGGAAUGAGAUUGAAAAGUUAGGUACAAAAAAGUUAAUUCUUACCCGGCAAUAACACCAUAACUUUUUUUUUUUUUCUGCCAGACAAAAAUAAAUUGCUACUUAUCAGUCGUCUA